AAUAAAUGUUGUAAAGAACCCAUCUCUCAUUCUCGAAUUAUUGUUUUUGAUUAGUGAUAGAGAGAGAAACAUAUAUAUAGAGAAAUAUAAAUACUCCUAAGAAAUUAGAAGAGAAAUAUGGUUAAAUCGAGAGAUAUGUUGCCGUCCUUGGCGAUGGUGUUAGUGCAAAUUGGCUACGCAGGCAUGAACAUUACGUCGAAGAUGGCUAUGGAGGCCGGCAUGAAGCCUCUCAUCCUUGUCGCUUAUCGCCAAAUAUUUGCCUCUAUCGCCACUUUACCGGUUGCAUUUUUCCUUGAACGUAAGACAAUACCCAAAAUCACAAUAAGGGUUCUUGUCCAAGCCUUCUUCUGCUCUAUCACUGGUGUGACAGGAAAUCAAGUGCUCUACUUCAUAGGACUUCAGAAUUCAUCUCCGACCAUCGCUUGCGCCUUAACUAAUCUCUUACCGGCGGUCACUUUCCUCCUCGCUGCAAUCUUCAGACAAGAAGCUGUAGGGAUUAGAAAGGUAUCAGGACAAGCCAAAGUGAUAGGGACAGUAGUAUGUGUCGCCGGAGCAAUGCUUCUCUCCUUCUACCAUGGCCACACCAUUGGCAUUGGAGAGUCCAAGAUCCAUUGGACCUAUGCUCAAAACAUCACGACCCAUGGUUCCGAUUCUGCCGGUUCUAACUUCUUCUUAGGACCUUUCCUAAUCAUGGCUGCUGCCGUUUCUUGUGCCGGUUGGUUCAUUAUUCAGACGAAAAUGAGUGAAACAUUUGCAGCACCAUACACGAGCACACUUCUAAUGUGUUUGAUGGGAAGUAUCCAAUGUGGAGUUGUCGCUUUAAUCUCCGAUCACAAACUAGCUGAUUGGUCUCUCAGCUCUCCUCUCCGCCUCAUCUCCGUCCUUUACGCCGGAGUGGUGGCGUCUGCGUUAGCGUUCUGCUUAAUGUCAUGGGCGAUAAAUAUAAAAGGUCCUCUCUACGUCUCUGUUUUCAGCCCUUUAGUGCUUGUAAUCGUCGCCGUUUUCAGCUGGACUCUUCUUGAAGAGAAACUCUACACCGGCACGUUUAUGGGAUCAGCACUUGUGGUUAUUGGGCUAUAUGGUGUUUUGUGGGGGAAAGAUAGAGAAAUGAAUGAGAAGGAAGACGAAGUAGAAAACCAAAAGAAGGUAAAACAACAACCAACAGUCAAAAGGGAUGUUAAUGAAGACAUUGAGUCGAGAUUAUCGUCUUAAAAUGUUGAUGCUUCUUCAUUAUAUAAAGUGGAUAUCCAUUUUUAAAGUGUUUAAUGUGUAUACCAUUUUGAGGCAAAUGAUGGAGUGUUAAGUUGUGUAUUAUUCAAAGGGUUCAUAUUACUUAUGAUCAUGUCUAUAUAUAUUUUAAUUAUUUUUAAUC